CUCGGCUGGAAAAUGUCCUAAGAGGCCUUCUGAGCCUACACAAGCAGUUGCUUUACACAAGGAGAAGUGGACACCUAAGCAAGUGGCUUCUCAAGAUGCGUAUAAAAAUAAAUUGACAAGGGCAGAAAAACACAAAGACAAAAUAACAUUACAUAUCAACACUGACAUUGCAUCUACUUCGAAGGCUACAACAACACUUGAGCCUAUUGAGGAAGUUACUGAGGGAGCUAUUCUUCAAGGCACUGAGGUGGUUGCAUGUAUGACUGAGGAGGCUUCACCUGUGGUAGAGGAAGUUGUAAUUGCGCCUGAGAAAGAGGCAUCUAUGACAGAGGCAGAUCCCGUUGGGGAUAUUGAGACUCAUGACAUGGUUGUUUUUUUGUUUAGUGUUUCGUAGGAUUUUUUCUAUAGUGAGACUCAUGACAGAGGCAUCUAAGAAGAAGGAUAGCCAAAGGUUCUCUCAAGCUUCCAUUCCUGGUUCUAAAUGAAUUGCCUCUUUUGGAAUGUUAGGGAUCAGGAAUCCUCUAGUUCCAGACUUUUUCCCCUAAUUAAACAAUGGAGAAUUCAUAUUCUUAUUGUUAUUGAACCUAUUUUAGCUAGCUCUAAAGCUCUUCGUUUCAAAGAUCAAUUUGGCCUUAAUGAAAUGGUGUCCUCUGAUGUUAAUAAGGUUUGGAUAUUAGGUUCCAGUACGGUUAGUCUUUCUAAUCUUACAUGGCAUGAGCAAUAUAUUCAUUUAAUGGUAAAAAUAGGUAACUUUACAGGGUGGAUUACUGCUGUUUAUGGUGGUCAUACCUACAUUGUCAGAAGACAGCUCUGGACUUUGCUUACUUUUAUCUUCCAGGACAUGAAAGACCCUUGGUUAGUAGGGGGUGAUUUUAAUACUAUUGUUGCUUUUAAUGAACAUCAAGGAAGAGGAACUCCAGUUCUUACCAGUGUUCAGGAUUUUUCCAAUUGCAUUUCUCGGUGCAAUCUCAUUGAUCUUUCCUACACAAGAUGCAAAUAUACUUGGACAGGGGUUAGAUCCAAUGGAAGAGUGUGGAGAAGGUUAUAUAGGUGCCUUGUAAACAACAAAUGCUUGGAGUUUUUUUGAUAAUAUUCAGAUCAGACAUUUAAAAAACACACCUUCUGACCAUUCUCCUAUUUUAGUUCAAUGUCUUAAUAAUGCUUUCAAUGGUCCUAAGGCCUUUAGAUUCCAGAAUAUGUGGCUAGCUCAUUCUUCUUUUAUGGAGGUUGUUAAGAAGAGUUGGAAUUCUCCGAACUAUGAUGGAGGUAUGAGAGGCCUGGUUAAGAAGUUGCAAAAUCUUAAAAGAGAUCUCAAAAUUUGGAAUCUUGAAAGUUUUGGGAAUAUCUUUGAUGAUAUUAAGACCUGUGAAUCUGAAGUUUUAGAAGCAGAAAAAGACUUUGAGAAUGAUCCCACUCCAGAAAAUAGAGAGAAAUGGUCUCACUAUAGAUCUCUUCUGGUGGCUAAAUACAAAAUUGAAAGAAAGUUUUGGAAGCAAAAGGCUAACAUUAAGUGGCUUAAGGAGGGUGAUGCCAAUACUAUCUUUUUUCACUCUUAUGCAAAAAUGAGGAAGAAGAUGUAUACUAUAAAUUCCAUCCAAAACACAGAAGGUGAACCGGUAAAUGCUUUACCUGAUAUAGCUUCUGCAGCAAUCCAUUUCUUCAAGGAUCUAUAUUCAGUUGAACCUACUGUAUCUCUUGAACAAAUCCAGAAAUAUAUACCAAAGAUUAUUAGCGAAGAGGACAAUUAUAUGAUGACUAAAUUGCCAGAAGAAGAAGAGGUCAAAGCUGCAGUUUGGGAUCUUAAUUCUAAGGGAGCUCCUGGGCCAGAUGGUUUUAAUGGCAUUUAUUUCAAAAAAUGCUGGUCUAUUGUUUGUACUGAUGUGGUUAAAGCAAUCCAAAAGUUCUUUUGGGGUAUUUCGAUUCCCAAAGGGAUGGUAAGCUCUUGGAUCAUUCUUAUUCCAAAGAAAGGCAAACCAUCAUCGUUUGCAGAAUUCAUGCCUAUUUGUUUGUCCAAUUUUGUGAGUAAAAUAUACAAUAAAGUUUUAGCUUCUAGACUUAAUGAUAUUUUACCUAAAAUAAUUUCCAAGGAGCAGGCGGGUUUCAUGAAGGGUAGAGAUAUUGCAGACCAAAUCCUGGUGGCUCAGGAAAUGAUUCAUUCCAUUGAUAUGAAAAUAAGGGGAUCUAAUGUGGUAGUCAAAUUGGACAUGGCCAAAGCUUUUGAUAAGGUAUCUUGGAGUUUUCUUUCAGAUGUUCUUAGUAAGUUUGGUUUUUCAGAGCUUUUUAUCCAUAUUGUUAUGAACAACUUAAAAUCCACUUAUCUUUCUAUCCUGGUUAAUGGUAUACCUCAUGGUUUUUUAAGCCUUUAAGGAGGGUCAAACAAGGGGACCCUUUAUCCCUUUUCUUGUUCAUUAUUGCUUCUGAAGGGUUCUCUAGAUGUCUAAACUGUCAUAUGGAGGAUGGAAUCAUUAAACCCUAUCUAUUGGCUGGGAAGGCAGGGUUACCCUAUAUCUCACUUAGGGUUUGCUGAUGAUUUGUUGGUGUUCCUUAAUGGUGAGAUUAGAUCUUUAGUCAAACUCAAAGGGUUUAUUGAAGUAUACCAGGCAGCUUCUGGGCAGACUGUUUGUAACACUUGAGAUUUAAUUUAAAUGGAUUAAUAGUACUACUCAUACCAACAAGAUGCAUCUCCUUUUAAGGGAGCUCAUCAACCAAGAACUUCAAAGUUAAGUGUGCUUGCAUGGGAGUAGUCUUGGAAUGGGUGACCCCCCAGGAAGUUUCUCAGGGCACGCACGAGUGAGGACAAAGUGCGCAGAAAAGGCUAGUGGCAGUUUGUGAGGACAGUACUAGAGGUCUGGAGUAACAACCUCGGGUCCUGCGAGGCCGGGGUGUUACAGGUGGUAUCAGAGCAACCCAGCGACAGUGUGCUGACCCGUUAGAUAUCAGGCAGACACUUAGCGGGGGAAAAGAUUCUGGGAUUUGAUUGAGAUUGGUUUAUGGGCGUAACGAGGACGUUGCGUUCCUAAAUGGGGGUCAUUGUAACACUUGAUAUUUAAUUUAAAUUGAUUAAUAGUACUACUCAUAUCAACAAGAUGUAUCUCCUUUUAAGGGAGCUCAUCAACCAAGAACUUCAAAGUUAAGCGUGCUUGCACGGGAGUACUCUUGGGAUGGGUGACCCCCUUGGGAAGUUUCUCAGGGCACGCACGAGUGAGGACAAAGUGCGCAAAAAAGGCUAAUGGCGGUUUGUAAGGACAGUACUAGAGGUCUUGAGUAACUACCUCGGGUCCUGCGAGGCCGGGGUGUUACAUUGUUAAUCUGGAUAAGAGCUCUAUAAUUUGUGGGAAGGCAACUGAAAGAAGGAGAAGCAGCAUUAAAAAUACAUUCGGUAUGAAGGUUACAACUCUUCCCAUGAAAUAUCUGGGUGUGAAUCUACACACAAGGAUAAGUAGAUAUAAGUACUACAAUGAUAUCAUUAAACAGUUUGAAAACAAGCUCACGCCAUGGAGGCAGAAAAACUUAUCUCAAGGAGGUAGGUUGGUUUUAAUCAAACAUGUGCUGAACUCUAUUCCUUUACAUACC